AUGAGUUUAAACCCUGACCUGGGGCACUUGUAUCAUGACAAUAAUAUAAGCAGCGUUUUUACCAAACUUGAUGUUCAGGAAAAACUUCGAACGCGUGAAAUAAACGCCCGGGAGUCAAAAUAUCUGGAAAAGUAUUCGAAGGUGAUCGAUCGCGCAAGUAAAGUGUGUCAACGCCGAACUGAGAAAGAGAAACGGGAAAUAGAGACCCAACUGCGUGACAUACGAUGGAGAACGCCAAGACUCACAACAGCGUUACGUCAAGAGAGCGAACGUGAACGAGUAAAGAAACAUGCUCAUAGUUCGAUACCAGAGGUAAAUGCAUCUCAUGAAAAAAGACUUGUUCUUGUAAGUUCAUGGUCUGUUUAUUCCAGUUCAAGAGUAAAAAAAUUCUCUGCUUUGGAAUCGAAUCGCUCGUCAGAAGUCAGACAAAGUUCCCGUCUUGGGAGUAGCGUGUCGGGGCGUACAGCCAACUUUACGAAACAGACAAAAAACGUGACCCGUGCUCUCCAUCGGCUGUACAACCGAAGCUUUGAGAGGAGGUCUCAGCAACAGAAUAUGACCGUUCUAGACAUCCUCGGCCGCGAAUCGCGAGAGGAACUUGAGAAGGCGUUGUUUGCGUUACGGGGAACUCCAGCUGGCGAUCUCAUCGAGGACAUAUUGUGCAAUAAAGAACUCGUGUCCAAGCAGGAAUUUAAAACACAACCGUCUGAAUCUGUGAAACAAGAAACGAAUGGCACCAUGUACGUUGCAGGAAUCAGUGACGGCUCGAAUUCGGACAGCGCUUAUGGCAGUGGACAUUUGCCAAAGAUCCAUAGUGCUAGUGAACCGGAUAUUACACUGGAUUUUUUGAAAACCAUGCCAGUGAAAGGUGUCGGAACAUUACGCCCGAAUUUGGGUUCCAGUGACAUUCGCAAUUGGUUGGAUAAAAGUGGUAACCUUGUAACUAGCGUGUUCGAGCAAGAAGAUGCGCAUCAAUUGUCCUCCGUGCUCGGUAAUGCCUCAGACACACAGCCUGUCGCUGCGAACACUAAGUGGACGGAGAUAUUUAAGACACCAGAGCUAUGGCGACAACGAGGCGGCAAAGUGACUCCAGCAUCGGCCACCCGCCAGCCGAGAACAGUCAAUCUCGUGACACUGACUGGCAAACGCCGACAAACAAUGCUUAGACGUUAA